AUUUCCCCAUCCUUGCAACACACACGAUGGCAAAUCUGCGCGCCACAAAAAACAACGGAAAGGCUCCAUCUGAAGUUGAAGAGGCUGCCAUGACAUUGCACAAAAUGGUUAUCAAGUGUGGGAACUUUGCUGUCCUGGUGGAUUUCCAUAUUAUGCCACAAGAUUCCAGUAAGGACACGGUGUGGUUUUCUGAUCGUGAGAGAGAGGAAGUCUGCAUGCUACUGAAAGACACAGUUGAUUCAAGAGUGAGGCAGUACCUGAAAGCUCGUAAAGGGCACGGCCAGUGGAAGCAAACAGAUCUUGCAGAAGCUAAUCCUUUGUCUCUGAAAGCUGGUGAUGUUCACAUUGCGGCCUACUUUGUCAAAAGAUGGGUAAACCUUCGAUGUAUUAUGGGACAGCAGCAUAGUGAGUUGCGUGUAUUUCCAGACCGAUUUGUGAUUUGUGUCACAAGACUUGAAUCCAGUCCACCUCCUUGGGUCAUUGAAAAUGUGGCACCGCAAGAGAGCCUUUCUACUGGGAUGUCUGAAUAUUUUGGAGAAUCGGUUGUAACUUCCCUGACUCAGCAGAAGAAGCAAGACACCCUGAAAAAGAUAGUGAAGAGGCCAAAAACAAAGAAAGCCAAUGAGAGAAAAUCUGAGCCCAGCAAGGACGACAUGGAAGUAUAUCUUGGCUCACUGUGCUCAGACAGGGAGUAGGAAGAAUGCAUCUCAAGCUCCUUCCGAUGCUUGGCCUGAAGCGAAAUGUAGGCGUAUAGCACAACCAAAGGAUUGCAUAAAAACAG